AUGCUGUCAAUCCUCCGACAGCACGGCGUGGGGAUACCGGACCCACCGAAAUGGAUGACGGCCACCAUGGCAUACAAGCUGCUGAACCUGGCGUCCAAGGAGUUCACCCCGCUCCUCCAACGGGAUCUCAAGAACAAGGCGAGAGCUGCUCAACGGCAACUGAAGAAGGUGGCGGAGCACCAUGACGAAGGCGCGCGCUUCGCAUGUGAGCACACGGCCGAGCUGGCCCUCUACAUCGGCGCCGCGCAGCAUCUUGCGAGGACCCUUGCACCGCCCGACACCGACUUGACCUCGUUCAAGAUAUUCCCCACAUUCACAAACAAGCACCCUUUCAUACAACUAGAUGCAGGACUACUACGGUACCUGACCUGCUGCAAGUGUGGCCGCCUCGGCCACUCCCAGCGCCAGUGCCGACAGCCUGCCGCAGUGCGACCACAGCCAAGGCAAGCUCCGUCCCUCCUCGAUUUCCUCGGAGCAGACGUGGCCAGGCAGUUCCGGAAGCGUCGCGUCACGUCCAUCAGGACGGACGGCUACACGGCAUACCUCCUGGUGGAGCCCAGCGCGCGCCGCGACACCGUCUGCGACACCAGCCCCAUCACACCCGUGGUUGGGGUCGACCCAGGCACCCGCAUCCCGCUGGCAUGCGUUCGGAUCCAAGACGGCAAAAAAAUGCUGGUGUCACAGAAGCGAAUAGCGAACCAGUUGUAUACGGGGCGGGGACGGCGACACCACAAGCCAACGGCGACAGUGCCAGCAAGGUCAGGGGGUAGCGACGAGGGUGGGGAGCAGGGAGGGGCGAUGGGGAAGGGGGAGACGGGGUCACGCAGGAAGAAGAGGGAGCGGGGCAAGCGGACGAAGAGGGAGAGGAGCAGGCGCAGGAAAGAGAAGGCACGGAUUGAGAAGGAGGAGCAGCUGAGACGACAGCAGCAGGAGGAGCAGGGAGGCAGGGACAAGGGAGAGGGGCAGGAAGGCAGGGACAAGGGAGAGGAAGAGCGGGAGCAGCGAGAACGGGAAGAGCAGGGCGGGGGUGCGGAGCCAGGGAGCGUGGACGAUGUGGUUGCGUCUGCGAGGGAGUGUUUGAGGGAAGGUGUGAGCAGGCGAGAGUUGAAGUGGAGGCUUCAUGAGAAGCUGAAGCACUGUCGCUUCCGAAGCAGAGUCGCCGGCGAGCUUGCGACACGCUUUGGACGCGACUGUCGGGUGUUCUUCGGAGACUGCGUCCAUAAGGGUCGCGGCGGAGGGACAAAGGCUCCCAUCCUGGAGCUACGCCGCGCCAUCGGCUGCCGGGUCGACACAAAAAUUGUGGAGGAGUUCAGGACGACAAAGUAUUCCCUCUGCUGUGCCUGGCCAAACCGCAUUGACGAGCAAACGAGGAUUGCCACGUGUACGCACUGCGGUGCGUCUGCUGACCGAGACGUUGCUGCCGCAAAGACUAUCGCUGCGAGGUAUGGUUCCAUGUAG